UCUGGUCACACGCCGGCAAGUUUGUUUGGAUUUGCCGAAUUAUUUUUCGAUUUGGAUCCUCCCGGUCGAAUAGCCCUCGUCCAAGAUGCGCCUGUGUCCGCUGGCCGUGCUCCUCGGGGUUAUCCACCUGCUGCUGGCCUGCAAUCACUGGGUCCUUCGCGAGGAGCAGAUAGUACCCAAACUGGACUCACCUUUCCACAUGCGUGAGCCCCAGAAUCUGGCGGCAUUUCUGGAGCAGAUCAGGUACAGUGAGUACGUGGAGAGGUCCUAUCUGGACCUGCUUCGCAAACGGGAGCAAAUAGUGGAGCACCUGCGAUUCUCCAUGAGAUUCGGGGAGGACCUGGCGGAGCAGGCCAAAUGCGCGAUGGAUUACUAUAUGCUGGAGAAACGGAUGUCCUAUCUGAAGAUCACCCCCGAACAGCUGAAGAGGAUUAACCUGCCGGAUCAGCGACAGUUGCAUAUCCAGAAAAGUGCCUCCGCCAUGGGAAUGGAGCCAAUUUGCAGUGACUACCACCGUUUGAGUGUGGGACCGGCCACCUAUGAUCAUCUGGAGAGUUUCCGACCGGAGGUCCUGGCUGCCGCGUUCCUGGAACGCGAACAUGACACCAAUGUCGGGAUGGCCACGGUGGAGCUGACCCGUCGAUUUGCCGUGGAUGGAUUACAGCAUCAUCCGGCGUCCUGGAAAUUCCACACCCUAAGCUCCUACUACUGGCGAAUGCGGGGAAAUGCCAGGGAGGCUCUGCCCUGUGCCAGAUUAGCUGCCUUGUUGGCUCCUCCGAUAUUCAAGGACAUCCCUUUGCUGAGUCUGGGGACCAUUCUGUUCCGCAUGGGCAGAUUAGCCGAUGCCGACUUGAUACUUACCGCUGCCGUGGAACAUGCCCCACAUGUGGCCGAAAACCAUGUGGUCUUGGCCUCGGCUCUGGCCAUGAAGCAUGAUUUCAAUCGCUCCUUGCAGCACUUCGAUGAGGCCGAGCGCCUGGAUCCCAGCACUUUGCCGCGCACCCAGCAGGUGCGGAAUUUCAUCAGCUGUCUGGAGAACCUCACCAAGAAAACCUCCAAGAUGUAUAGCUAUGUGAAGUACAUGAAGAACGAGGUGAAGGAGUUCAAGAAGCUAAAGCACCACAUCUCCCAGAACCACGAACGAUUGAUCCAGCAGCAAUUGCCGUUGGGUGCGAGACGACUGCUGCUGGGCUUGGAUGCCAAAUCCAACAACGACGAUCUCCAUCGGAGAGGACAAUAUUGCAGUACGAGGACGCCGAAUGGCUCCGAUGAACCCGUGCUCUUUUGCGACUUUUAUUCGGACAUGCAGAUGCGGCUGGAAAGCAAGGAUGUGGACAUCGAUGUCCUGGAACGCGAUCUCAAGGCCAAUACGGAUGCGGUCAUUCGACAGGUGUCCACCGAGAUCCGGAAGCAGUUCAAUCUGGAGCAACUGAAGGCAGCCAAGGCACAAAUGCCUGCCAAAGCAACCAAGGCCACAUAGUAAAUGGUCCAAGAACUGGCACACAUUCCCCAAAACUUCGGGUCACAAAUAGCUUUUGCUUUUAAUCUGUUUAUAUAGUAUUAGGUCGUUUGUGUAUAUAUAUUAACUGGUUAAGUCUGCAGGAAUAGUUUAAUCGGACUAGGUAUUUAAGCAGGGGAUGUUCGAGCGGAGGUUUUGAGUAACACUUCAAUCAGCUAAAAUAGAUAGGCAAAUAAAUAGCUCGUAAAAUGGAUUUCAAAAGAUUUAGAUUCUUAAAAAAAUAGAUUUUCUUUUUGUUUUUUUUACUAUAAAAAGCAUUUUUAAUAUAAGAAACUCCCUAACAUUCUGUAAACGCCAAAAAAUUAAAUUUGUGGCUUAAUUUUUUCUAUGAUUUUGAGACCACACUUCUUUUAACCAGGGAAAGAAAAAUAAAAAAGAAAUAUUUUUUAAAAUAUAUAUCUUAUGACACAUUCGAUAAGAAUUCCGUAAACUUAGGUUAAAAUCAGGGAUGUGAUGGAUUGAUCAGUUUAUUUAACUUUUGAUAGACUGCAUUUUAUUACUGUAUUUGUUGCUAUUAAAGCUAAUUUUAAAUUAAGAUUACCUUAAAAAAAUUUAUAUUUCACACAUUCGCAAAGAAUCCAUUUGAUAUUCUUUAGAAUAGUGUCGAGUAACUUUUAUGCUUGGUUAUAAUAAUCCACGUUAUGCAUUAAACUGCCAGGAUCCGGAAACCCCUCGAAUGCCCCAAAAAAGUUUAGAAAAUUGCGACUAGGCUAUUGCGUAUUUAUAUUUAACACUAGUUUUAACUCAUUAACUAUACACCCUGUUCUGUUUCUUAUUCUGAAAGAAAUUUACGAAAAUAACAACAGCCAUGAGCUAUUCAAAGAAAA